CAUAGGUAGAAUGCUGCAAACCCAGGGGCACAGGGCAGAGAGAUCGGAAGGAAAUGAGCUGGCAGGGAGGGCAAAGUCGUGGGAGGAUCCUGCUGCAGGUGAAGGUCUCUGUACAACUGGUGAAUGGGAAUGAGUGUGAUGGGGAGGGUGAGUCAGCGAGGGCCAGAAGCCAGUGGAAGAGUCUGUGCUUUAACUGCCCUAACCAUGCUCUCGGGAUACACACAAGAGCACUCAGGUGCACACACUUCCAUGUGCACACCUGUUCACCCACCCAAGUACACCGACCCACAUGUACAUAGUCACACACUCAUGCAUGCAUGUGCACCCAUGUUCACACACACAUAAACACACAAGCGCACAUAGAACAUACACAACCCAGGUGCACACAGGCUCAUGCCGUCACACAAGCACACACAGACUCUCAGGCACAUAAGAGCCCAGUCAGAGCCGUUCACAACCCAUACAUGCUCCAUCGGUCACAGCCCUGCACAUACAAAGUACACACACAGUCAUAUAUUUGUAUACACACCGCAUUUGCAUGCACACUACAAACAUUCAGUUACAUUCUUGCACAUGUAUUUUCACUUUCACAUGCACACACAGAGAGACACACAUAUGUAUUCAAACACACAUGCAGAAUUCAUACCUGGAGAGAGAGAGAGACAUACACAGUUACAUGCAGUACAUACACACACUCAUGCCUGCAAACACACUAGUGCAUGCAGUGUGCACAGGCACACAUGCUAUUGCACGCGGCACACUCACACACUCCCCAUGCACCAGAGAUCCUCAGCCAUGAUAUCACUUAGACAAAUCAUUCAGCAGCAAAGCACUCCUGCUUCCCCCACCCUAGCAGUUGAGUGUGGUGCUCUGCAGAGAAGCAUGAUGGACUGUGGCAUCCUCACUCCCAGGAUUGCUUCAGCUCUUCACUGCAGCUCCUGGGCUUGACAGCAAAGCCAGGAGAGGAGGGAGGAUUACAGAGCAGAGCUGAAGCAACAGUCCACAGGGAGACUCUUCUCCUGCAGGGGAGGGAGGCCAGGCCAGGGUGAUGGCUGAGCUGCAGCCAGGGAAAGUGAUGCGGACGGGGCAAGUCCUUGCCUUCCUCUUGAUCAGCCUGGCCUACCUCUGGCUGCCUGCAGGCUCCAAGCGAGCCCCCAAGCUGCCCCCGUGUCCCCAGAGCUGCUCCUGCACCAGGGAUACUGCCUUCUGCAUCGACUCCAAAGCGGUCCCCAGGAACCUGCCCCCGGAGGUCAUUUCCCUGACCAUGGUGAAUGCAGCCUUUACUGAAAUCAAAGCAGCAGCCUUCGCUCACAUCCCCCUCCUGCAGUUCCUCUUACUGAACUCCAACAAGUUUACACUGAUCGGGGACGAUGCCUUCACCGGCCUCUCCCACCUGCAGUACCUGUUCAUUGAGAACAAUGACAUCCGCUCUCUGUCAAAAUUCACCUUCCGAGGACUGAAGUCCCUGACACACUUAUCCUUGGCCAACAACAACCUGCAGACACUGCCCAGAGAUAUCUUCACACCCCUGGACAUCCUCAGUGACCUGGAUCUCCGGGGCAACGCUUUCAUCUGUGACUGCAAAAUCAAGUGGCUGGUGGAAUGGAUGGAGAGGACCAAUGCCACAGUGCCUGCCAUCUUCUGCAGCAGCCCCAUCCGCUACCAGGGGCAGAAGAUCUGGGACCCGGCCCUGAAGGACUUCAGCUGCAUCACGACAGACUUUGUGGUGCACCAGGUCCUGCCAUUCCAGUCGGUGUCAGCUGAGCCUUUUGUCUACAGCAGCGACCUCUACGUAGCACUGGCACAGCCCAGUGCCAGCAUCUGCACCAUCUUCAAGUGGGACUAUGUGGAGCGCAAGCUACGGGACUUUGACCGCAUCCCUGCUCAUUCGGCCGUGUAUUGCAAGCCCAUCGUGGCCCAGUCGCAGCUCUACGUGGUGGUGGCACAGCUCUUCGGCGGCUCCUACAUCUACCGCUGGGACACCAACGUGGACAAGUUCAUCAAGAUCCAGGACAUGGACAGCAGGAAGAUCCGCAAGCCCAAUGACAUUGAGGCCUUCCAGAUUGACGGCGACUGGUACUUCGUCAUCGCCGACAGCUCCAAGGCCGGCUCCACCAGCCUCUACCGCUGGAACCAGAAUGGCUUCUACUCCCACCAGGCCCUGCACCCCUGGCACCGCGACACCGACGUGGAAUACGUGGAGAACGAAGGCAAGCCCCGGCUCAUCAUCUCCAGCAGCUCCCAGGCCCCUGUCAUCUACCAGUGGAGCCGUGCCCAGAAGCAGUUUAUGCAGCAGGGGGAGGUGGCCGAGGUGAUGGACGUGCAGAUGGUCAAGCACUUCAAGUUCAAGAAAGACAAUUACCUGUGCCUCAGCCGCUACAUCGGGGACUCCAAGGUGGUCAAGUGGGAGGGGCAGCGCUUCACCGAGCUGCAGACCCUGCCCUCGCGGGGCUCCAUGGUCAUGCAGCCCUUCCUGGUGUCCCAGCGCCAGUACAUGGCACUUGGCAGCGACUUCUCCUUCACCCAUCUUUACCUCUGGGAUGAGGAGAAGCAGAAGUUUCUCAAGUUCCAGGAACUCUCCGUCCAAGCGCCCCGGGCUUUCCACUACGUCCCCUUGGAGGACAUGGACCUUCUGCUGGCACCCAGCUUCAAGAGCAGCACACUGGUCUACAAGCACGUUGUGGUGGACCUCAGCUUGUAGGGGGGGUCCCUGCCACCUGCCCAGCUCCCUGCCUCACUCCUAGACACUGUGCAGAGAAAACGUUCUUCCACUUGCAACACCCCUGGAGCCGGGGACUCCAGCGCACUGCCUCGCCUCAGGCUAAGGCUUCCUGUCUGUGCCCAUGCACUGCCCCACUGCCAUAUCCAUGGACAAGUCCAGAACACACACAUACUCACACAGGCCCGUGAGUCCAUGCAUACCCAGCACACGUUCCAUCCAUGCACUCGAAUUCAGGAGUGUAUGCUCACCACAGCCAUCCCUCCAUAGAUAAACUCAUACGCAUACGCACAUGCCCUCCAGCAUCUCAUACACAUUACAUUCCUGCCCAUAGGCCUCCAGUGCGCGUACACUCCAACACCCCCAUGGACACCCCUUCGCCGUCUCCUAGCCAUACCAUAUGCAUCUACACUCACUCUUUACAUGUCCAUGCAAUCCCUGUGCACCCCAUAAACAAACACACAUUCCCGCACCCCUUAACCUCACAUUCAUCUCCCCGCAUAGAGCCUUAUAUUCAUGCCCAUAUACUGCUGUGCAUGGACAGCCACGUCCAUGUACACCCUCAGAUCCAUGCCUGUUCACAUCCACUCUGACUACUGCACCUUCCAUGCACACACAGCUACUCCCGUGUGCACAUUCUUAUCGGCGAACCCAGAUAUGGUGCACUGGCGGUGCACCACGCCAUGCUGCGUCUCCUAUCCACCGACACACAUGCAUACAUCCCUGUAUCUGUCACCCUGAACCCUCCCUGCAGUCCCCUCUGCACACAUGCUCCUGUCCCCAUACAGAGCGCCGGGUAGCAGGCCUGGAAGAAGAAAGUCCCUUGUCGUCACUUCUCCCGAACUCUUCCUGAAGCUUCUGCCGCACUUUCUGUAGCCAUCACCCAUAUUCAGA